AUGCUGUUGGGGGCCGGCUGCCGGGCGCAGGGCCCUGAUCCUGCCUGCCCCAGGACAGAGGACCUCGGCUCCCUCUCGGAGCUCAGGGCAGAAGGCCCCGGCAACAAUGAGACCAGAGAGGACCUUCGAGGUCAGAAGCUGAGUCCCAGCCCAGCGCAGAGCACAGAGAGCAUGGCCUCUCACCCCUACUGGUUAGCAGAGCCCGGCCUUGAGGAGGUACGGACGUCACCCAGCCUACCGUCCACCCCAGACACCCUGAGCAUAGACAGCCGGCCUGCCACGGGCCCUCUUGCCUGCCUGGACCGCCGGAGGGAGGCCCGGCUGCCCUUCUCCAAGUUCCUGGAUGAAGUCACAGUGCGGGUGCUGGACCCUGAGACCCUGGAGUCUUUCUGGGGGCCCAGAGGUCGCAGCCCAGAUUCCUCUGUGGGGACAGCGGCCGAGGCUACAGUAGAGCCAGGGCCAGGUGUAGAGAGCAGAGGGCCUCCAGUGGACAGCGAUGAGCGUGGACACCAGGCCACCUCCCCCUGGAGGUCUCCAGGCCGGUCGGGCCGGGCGGGUCUGCGCAAGCCCGGCAGGGCGCCCCGCCGGCGAGCCGGGCGCGCAGGGGUUAAUCCCGGGCAGGGAGGGCCUCCGGGUCGGAACCCCCCUCUCGGGACAGCGGGGUCCCCGGCCGUGGGUCGGGCGCCGGGGCCCGGGACCCCGGGGCCGAGCUUCCGAAUGCCACCACCGUCCCCGUGUGAGUGUCCCGCUAAGGCCCUGAGUCCCCGACUCGAACAUUCUCAGAGUCGGAGCUUCUGCGCUGCCGCGCGCGCAGGACUCCGGGAGGGCGCGCGGGCCGGGGGCUCCGGGGAGCCGCGGUCACCAGGCCACCGGGGUGCGGCCGCCCCACUCCUGCGGCCCUGGGGCCCAGCCAGGUGCGCCCCGGGCCGAGCCGCCCCGCGCCCCGGGGGGUGUAACUCGGCGGCGGCGGAGUGGGCGGCCCGGCGGGUCACCUGUUACUCGGCGGCCGGCGGGUCCCCGCGGCUCAGGGCUCGGGACGGGGGUGCGGGCCGACGCCCCACGGCCGAGCCCCCGGGGUGUGCCCGCGGCGGGGUUCCGCCCGCCCGCGCCGCCCUGCCUGACCCUCCCGUUUGCUUCCCCGCAGGCCUCUGCCGCAGACAUGGAGAAACUCAGAGCCGAGGCGUGUGGGGGCGGCUCAGCUCCCCGACUUUGAACACCGUUUCCGGGCUGAGGGGGGGGUCUCUCUGCCUCUCCUUCCACUCCUUCCUCUCCUCCGAGGCCAGAAGGGGCACCCUUGAGGAGGACCCCCGGGUACAGGGCUGGUACCAGGUAGACUCUGAAGGCCUGGGUGCACACAGCGGGUGCCUGGGCUCUGGUCUGUCCUGUGCCCCUGCGCCCUGGCCCCCAGCCUCAUCUGCUGGAAGCUCUGUGAUGUUCACGUGUCCUCUAGCCUACUCCUGCUUGCUCUUCACGGGCGCUGUACCCCUCUCAGAUCAUUCUCAGGGGCCCGGGUCCCCCAGACGUCUCUUGGCCAGGCUGCUGAGAUGUACGAGGAACAGGAGUGUUGGGGAGCAUGCGUACCCCUCAGCCUUGCCUUCAGCCCCUCGAGACCGGGAUAUGUUGCUGUUUACUGGGAGUUUCAGAAUAGAGCUUUUGCAGGGGCCCCAGCGCAUAGUGACAGGCAGGCCAGAGGUGCAGGAUGGGGUUUCUGCACACCCCUCUGGACUCACGUGGGUGCUCGAGAGUCAGUGUGGUCCGUGUGUUGCUGCAUCCCCACGGAGACGUGUGGCCUCGGCUGGGGGUGUGCACAGGCUGCGAAGCCCCUGGGUGCCCUCCUGCCUCGGGCAGUCCCAAGUCCUGCAGGGCCGGCUGGCCAGGUCCUCACCCUCCAUCUGGGACAGCGCGCUGCAGGAGCAGAAGGGCGAGCUGCGCAAGCGGCUGUCCUACACGACGCACAAGCUGGAGAAGCUCGAGACCGAGUUCGACUCCACGCGCCACUACCUGGAGAUUGAGCUGCGGCGCGCGCAGGAGGAGCUGGAGAAGGUCACGGAGAAGCUGCGCAGGAUUCAGAGCAACUACCUGGCCCUGCAGAGGAUCAACCAGGAGCUGGAAGACAAGCUGUACCGCAUGGGCCAGCACUAUGAAGAGGAGAAGCGUGCCCUGAGCCACGAGAUCGUCGCUCUCAACAGCCACCUGCUGGAGGCCAAGGUGACCAUCGACAAGCUGUCGGAGGAUAACGAGCUCUAUAGGAAGGACUGCAAUCUAGCGGCCCAGCUGCUGCAGUGUAGCCAGACCUACGGCAGGGCCCAUAAGGUGUCCGAGCUGCCCUCGGACUUCCAGGAGCGCGUGAACCUGCACAUGGAACAGCACGCCUGCAGCCUGCCCUCGCCGCUCUGCCACCCGGCCUACGCCGACAGCGUGCCGGCCUGCGUCAUUGCCAAGGUGCUGGAGAAGCCCGACCCCUCCAGCCUGUCCUCGCGCCUGUCCGACGCCUCGGCCCGCGACCUGCCCUUCCGCGACGGCCUGGAGAAGCCGCGGCCCCCCUACAAGGGGGACAUCUACUGCAGCGACACGGCCCUCUACUGCCCCGACGAGCGGCGGCGCGACCGGCGGCCCAGCGUGGACCCGCCGGGCACCGAGGGCUUCCUGCGCGCGCAGAACUCCACCGACAGCGCGCUGGACGAGGAGGAGGAGGAGGCCGAGGCCGCGGGCUACCCUGCUGCCUACCGCCACGGCUUCCCCGGCUACGCCGGCUCGCUGCCCACGUCCAGCUCCUACUCGAGCUUCAGCGCCACGUCUGAGGAGAAGGAGCACGCGCAGGCCAGCACGCUGACCGCCUCGCAGCAGGCCAUCUACCUGAACAGCCGCGACGAGCUCUUCGAGCGCAAGGCACCCUCCUAUCAGGGCAGCCCACGCUUCGCCACGGCCACGGCCACGGCCACGGCCGGCCCGCUCGAGGCGGAGGUGGCCCCAGGCUUCGCGCGGACCGUGUCGCCUUACCCCGCCGAGCCCUUCCGCUUCCCGGCCUCCCCGGGCCCCCGGCAGGCGCUGAUGCCCCCCAAAAUGUGGAGCCUGCAGGCCAAGCCCGCAUCGGCCCGGCUGUCCGGGGAGGAGCCGCGCAGCCAGUGGCGGCCCCUGAGCGUGGAGGACAUCGGGCCCUACUCCUACCCCACCAGCCGGGCCUCGCCCUGCAGCUUCUCCGAACGCUACUACGGCAGCGUGGGCAGUGUGAGUAGCCCAGGCAAGAAGGCCGAGGGCCGGGCAAGCCCCCUGUACGCCAGCUACAAGGGUGACAGCUUCUCCGAGGGCGACGACCUCUCCCAGGGCCGCCUGGCCGAGUCCUGCUUCCUGCGCGCGGGCGCCGACCUCAGCCUGAGCCCCGGGCGCUCGGCCGACCCGAUGCCCGGGUACGCGGCCAGCGAGGGCAGCGGGGAGCGGCUGGGGGUGCAGCUGUGCGGCCCGGGGGGCAGCCCCGAGUCGGAGCGUGGCCCCGGCUACGGCAGCGAGCACAGCCCAUCCAGCUCGCGGGGCUCCCUGGAACCCAGCUCCAUGGAGGCCUCUCCAGAGAUGCGCCCUGCAGCCCUCCUCAGCACCCAGCAGGCCUUCCCACGGACUGGCAGCUCCGGCCUGAGCCGCAAGGACAGCCUCACGAAAGCCCAGCUCUACGGCACUCUGCUCAACUGA